AUGCUUGAUGAACUGUGUGCAAGUGCUAUCGGAUCACCGCAAUUGUGGAUGCUGUCAGGUAUUAGACCAGCAAAACAUCUUACUAAACUAGGCAUAGACGUAGUAAAAGAUGCGCCAGUCGGCGAGAACCUUAUGGAUCAUGCGGCCUUUUUUGGAUUAACGUGGACAAUAAACGCACCGUUAAAUUUAAUGCUAUACGAUGCUUUCAAUCCUCUUAAAAAUCCAUUUGUAUCGGAAUAUUUAAACAAACAAACGGGACCAUUAACGAUGUCAGGCAGAUGCGAGGCCCUUGGUUUCAUCAAUAAAAAACAAUCAGAAAAAGAUAAAGGUUUACCGGAUAUCGAACUAUUGUUUAACGCCGUUACAAUAAAAGAUUUUCUUCUUCCAAAAAUUUUACUUAAUCUUAAAGACGCAAUAUUUCAACAAUGGUCCAAGUACCAAAACUGUUACGGUUGGAGCGUUCUGGUAAUAUUGUUAAAACCAAAAAGCCGUGGUAGAACAACGUUAUUAGCUAAUGAUGUUAAUGUUAAACCAGAAAUUGUGCCAAAUUAUUUCGACGACCCAGACGACGUAAAACCCAUGAUCGCAGGUAUUAGAACUGCGAUACGCCUUGGUCAAACGAAAACAAUGCAGACGUUUGAUUCUCAAUUGAUAAAUAUUACUUGUACAGAAUGUAAUAAGUACAAAUAUGAUUCUGAUACUUAUUGGGAAUGUGUAAUAAUGAUAAUAACUACCACGCUUUAUCAUCCUUGCGGCACUUGUAAAAUGGGACCUAGUGGAGACCCAACUGCUGUCGUCGACCCCAGAUUAAAGGUAAUCGGUGUUCAAGGUUUACGAGUGGUAGAUGCAUCUAUUAUGCCCAAAAUUAUAUCGGGCCACACAAAUAUACCUGUAUAUAUGAUUGCCAAAAAAGCAGCAGAUAUGAUUAAAGAAGAAUGGAAUUACUUGGUGAAAUCACGAACAUAAUAUACUUUCAUGAAAUAACUAUGCGCGUAUGUGUGUGUGAAAGAUAAAUAUUCAAACAAAAAAAUAUUAAUUCUGCUGUUAUUGAUUCAAAUUAAAAAAUUUAAAGAUUAAUAAAAUCUUAAAAUACAUGUAAUAUAAUAAUACAAAUAUGUGUUUAUUGUCUUAAAUAGCUUUCGG